CGUCUGCUGCAUCCAAGCCAUCUUUUUAAAUUUGGCUCCUUGGGACUCCCCCGCAGGAGAGGGCACCAUCCCGGUGGAGUCGAGCGACAUCGUGCCAACCUGGGACGGCAUCCAGCACGGCGAACGCCUGCGCACCAUGUCCUGCAGUGACAAAAUCCUGCGCUGGAACGUGCUCGGCUUGCAAGGCGCCCUCUUGUCCCACUUCAUCCAUCCCGUCUACCUUCGCUCAGUCACGCUCGGCUACUUGUAUAGCCAAGGCCACUUGACCCGCGCCAUUUGCUGCCGGAUGUCCAAAGACGGCGACGCCUUCGGGGCGAGGCUUCCCGCACCCUAUUUGGUCAAUCACCCCGAGGUCGGCCGUGUCAGUGUCUACGACUCCGCGAGGCAGACGGGGAAGACCAAGGAAUCCAGCAUCAAUUGGUGUCUCCCGGAUGGCACCAGCGUCGAAAUCCUGGACGGCACGAAAGGCAAAGUGGACGGGUACGUCCGACGUGGAUCCAUUCGAGACGAGAAUAUUUUGG